GAUAUUUUAAUACAGGGCUGUUAUUUGAAUCGUAUCCCAGAUUCCCGCGUCGCGAAGAAGUCGAUAGGUCUAAUAGUGGACGCUUGAGCAGUCUGCAAACAGAAGCCAGAACCUACACUGCUGUGGACGGUGGUCCACUGGCUUUGACCGAAGCAGGAAAGAAAAUGUUGUCAAAUUUCAUGGCUCCAGAGGUACUCACAUUGAGAAGGGAUGCGCAGGUAGGAAGUUAUUUCAUCGAUCUCGAAACUUCAGUGACAUCUCCAUACCAGGUCAUGCUCAUAAAAAAUACGGAUGACAGUUUGGUGAACGGUUCUAUGGGACGGGUUCUGCGAUUCGUCGACCCAAUGACAUACGGGAUUGAGGACGAUGUUGAGGCCCUUUUGGAGGAUGGAUCGUCCAAGCCUUCAUCCAAGCCUCCGUCUAAGCCUGCGAAAAAGAACGCUGUUGUCGGCGCCGUACAACUGUAUCCGGAAGUCGAGUUUGUUCUGCCACACGGGACAAGGCGUAGGGUUUUGAUCAUGCCCGAACUUUCCAAGGUAGAGCUGCCAAAUGGCGAGCUGCAAGUUAGUCGAUCGCAGGUGCGCAAACAGUCUUGGAUCAUCUUCGUCAUGUCCUUACCUGGCGCACCUCCAAAAGCUUCCGUUGAUCUUAUCGUGGGCUAUGUCGAUCCACAAAUCACAAGGACAGACGUUAGAUAGAGUAAAGGUCGACCUGGGCAAGGUCUUUGAGAAAGGCAAGCGUGAUUAGUUUUCGAGCUGUAACGUUCUAAAUGUGCAUAGGCCAAGCGUACGUCGCUUUGUCUCGAGCUACGUCAUUGCAAGGACUACAGGUACUCAACUUUGAUCCGAACAAGGUAUAUCUUAUUAUUCGUAAAUUCUGGU